AUGCGACCUUCCAUGUUGCCAAUGACUGACUCAGUCCAAGGUCAGCAGGUUGCAGGAGCCGCUGCCUUGAAAGAGGUCAGUACACUUCGCGAAGCAGUGUUUCGAGGACAGGAUGAUGUCCUGAAGGCGGUAGACAUGCUGAAGCAAGAAUUGGCGCUCCUUCGGCAGUCCAGGUCCGGCGGGGAUUACCCCGCCGCUGGCACUGUCACUGCAUCGCCGUCCACUGCGCCGACUGGAAAAAUUCAAAGCGCCGCUGUCGCCGACUGGCUUCUGGCUCCGGCCCCCGCUGAAGCAGCACCGCUGAAGAAUCCUCGCGCAGAGGUCGCAUCACCUCCGUCCACGGUGUCUGGAGACCAGCCAAAGGGCCCAAAUGGGUUCCGGUGGGACAGCAGCGUACUGAAGCGGCAGGAGAGCAUGGCAGAAAGCCAGUACUGGUAUCAGCGGAGAGAGAAGAAUGUGCGCGCCAAUGCGGCCUUCAGUCAUUACAUGGCGAACUGGCCAUGCAUAUGGGGCGAGGAGUACGUCGGCAUCGGUGCGGGAGACGGCAACAAGUGGAUGUGUGGCGCUCGGCUUAUACAAAAGCCCUGCGUCGUCUACUCCUUCGGCUCCAACAGGAACAUUCAGUUCGAGAAAGGCAUCCACAACUUGGGAAUGAACUGCGAAGUUCACAUCUACGACCCGACAUCAUCUGCGCCGCAUGAAGCGAUACAGCUAGGUUUUAAGUACCACCGCAUUGGCCUCGGAGGCACUGAUGGCUGGCAGCCUCUUGGUACAAAAGAGCCGGCAUCGGCGAACGAAAUCUUUCCUGAGGCCCUUCAACAACUGCCAACUGCUCCAAGCAUCUCCAAUGCUGACAGUUGUCCUGUGACGUAA